AGCCGGGCGCCCUGGCCACCGCCCGGUUGGAGCCGCCAGCCGGCCGGGGCCUCGGAGCCUGUGAGCGCACAGGCAAGGCCGCAGCCCAGCGUCUCUGCAACUGCCGUCACGGUCCGUCACCAUGGGGGCGUCUGGGCAGCUGCUGCGCGCCGUGAUCAUGGGGGCCCCGGGCUCCGGCAAGGGCACCGUGUCGUCGCGCAUCACCAAACACUUCCAGCUAAAGCACCUCUCCAGCGGGGACCUGCUCCGCCAGAACAUGCUGCAGGGCACAGAAAUCGGUGUGUUGGCCAAGACUUUCAUUGACCAAGGAAAGCUCAUCCCAGAUGAUGUCAUGACUCGGCUGGCCCUUCAUGAGCUGAAAAACCUCACCCAGUGUAGCUGGCUGUUGGAUGGUUUUCCAAGGACACUUCCACAGGCAGAAGCCCUGGACAGAGUUUAUCAGAUAGACACAGUGAUAAACCUCAACGUGCCCUUUGAGGUCAUUAAACAACGUCUAACUGCUCGAUGGAUUCACCCUGCCAGUGGCCGAGUGUACAACAUUGAAUUCAAUCCGCCCAAAACUGUGGGCAUCGAUGACCUGACUGGAGAACCGCUGAUUCAGCGGGAGGAUGACAAGCCAGAGACAGUGAUCAAGAGACUGAAAGCGUACGAAGCCCAGACAGAGCCAGUCCUGCAGUAUUACCAGAAAAAAGGGGUGUUGGAAACAUUCUCCGGAACAGAAACGAACAAGAUCUGGCCCCAUGUAUAUUCUUUUCUACAGACGAAAGUUCCAGAAACUAUCCAGAAAGCUUCUGUUACUCCCUGACGAGGGCAGUAAUCAGGACAAAGCAGGGCCUCCUUGCCUCUCCUCUGUAUUUCGAAGCUCUUUUCCUAAGACUUCUCUGAAAAUUAUGAUUUAUUCCUAGUGGCUUUCUUUUGGGGAUUACUAAGGAUGUGCCAAAUGAGUCAGAUACUAAGGCUGAUCUGUUAAAAAUAACCUCAUAUGUUUGGUCUAGAAUCUAGUUGUCUUCUGUGGAUGUGCAAUUAGAAUACAUGAGAUGUUGAAACUUAAAAAAAAAAAAAAAAUCAGAGCACAAUUAAAAAAGAGCAACCGGUCGUCAUCUAACCUUUUCAGUUAGUCAGCAUGGGUGACUGCAUGGUCAUGUUUUUCUGGAAAAGUUAAAAAAAUCAUGUCACUUGAGGCAAAUAAAUAUCUCAUUAGGGGCUUCUGCAUAAGCCAGUGCUCCAUUGCAACCCCAAAAAGGUGUUUUCUAGCCCAAUGGGACAUGAUAUUGGAAGACGCUGUUAUAGAUUCCAGAAAGAAAACAACUGGCUUUACAGAUGUUGACAGAUGCAAACUCACUGCUCUUUACAGGAAAAGCAAGGGUACAGGCCACCAUGCUUUGUGUUCUCUACUAGUUCAAUUUGCUAUAAAAAAGGCAGCCACUGGCCCUUAAGAACGCGUGACUUUAAUAUGGCUUGUUUUCUUUUCCAAACAUGCAUGUACUAAGGUAUAUGAUUUAUGUUAACUGACUUUUUAAGUUCUAGCAUGAGCCCUGGCAACUGGCAAUGGAAUUAAUUCCCAGGUUCUCACAUAUUACUCGGUCUGAGGACUGUGUUUUAGGACCUGUCAGUUUCCCGCUUUGAUCCAAGUGGACUGUCUGCCUUGAAGAGCAAGGGAUAGUAAAAAGAAAACUAAAGGGUAAGAGAGAACCCCCAUGGCAGUUUGCCACUGAGGAAGUAGAUGGGAAA